UUUUUUUUGUCCCUGCACUCACUUCCGGAUCCGCUAUCGGCACGUAGUAAGCUGUGCAGAGGUGGGAAACGGUGGGGAGAGGAGGUUUUUGAUCCUGCUCGGCUAUCAAAAACAUCCCAAUCAUGGAUUUCCAACACCGAGCUGGUGGUAAGACCGGCAGCGGAGGGGUGGCAUCCGCCUCUGAAAGCAACAGGGACCGGAGGGAACGUCUCAGACAGCUAGCUUUGGAAACGAUUGAUAUCAAUAAGGAUCCUUACUUUAUGAAGAAUCACUUGGGUUCUUAUGAAUGCAAACUUUGUCUUACCCUUCACAAUAAUGAGGGCAGCUACCUUGCUCACACCCAAGGAAAGAAGCACCAGACCAAUUUGGCACGACGAGCAGCAAAAGAAGCUAAAGAGGCUCCUGCGCAACCUGCCCCAGAGAAAGUGAAAGUUGAAGUAAAGAAAUUUGUAAAGAUUGGUCGGCCUGGAUAUAAAGUUACGAAGCAGAGAGAUGCGGAGUCAGGACAACAGUCCCUACUGUUCCAGAUUGACUAUCCAGAAAUAGCAGAAAGUAUCUUUCCCAGACACCGCUUCAUGUCUGCAUAUGAACAGAGGAUUGAGCCCCCAGAUCGGCGUUGGCAGUACCUUCUGAUGGCGGCAGAACCCUAUGAGACGAUUGCAUUUAAGGUCCCCAGCAGGGAAAUUGAUAAAGUGGAAGGGAAGUUCUGGACUCAUUGGAACAGGGAAACCAAACAGUUCUUUUUGCAGUUCCACUUUAAGAUGGAAAAGCCUCCACCGGUGCCCAGCUUACCUCCAGCACCUCCUGGUGUUAAACGACCACCUCCACCCCCAUUGCUAAAUGGAAUGCCACCGCGUCCUCCUCUGCCAGAAACCAUGCCCCCACCUCCUCCUGGGGGAAUGCCAUUGCCUCCAAUGCCUCCUGGUGCACCAGCUCCCCCUGGUCCUCCCCCACAACUUCCACCUACACCAGUAGUGCCUCCUCCUGGAGUACCACCCCCUGGACCACCUCCGUCAUUGCCUCCCCCAGGUGUUCCACCUCCUGGAGUUCCACCACCACCUCCUCCUAAUCCUUCUGUCCCUCCACCUGGGGUUCCUCCUCCCGGCAUACCGCCGCCAGGUAUCCCUCCACCUGGAGUCCCCCCACCUCCUGCUCCUGGCGUGCCGCCCCCACCAGCUCCUGGCGUGCCACCCCCUGCUCCUGGCGUUCUACCUCCAGGACCUAUGCCACCCAUGUUAAGACCACCCUUACCUAGUGAAGGACCUUCAAACAUCCCACCACCGCCUCCCACCAACUGAUUCUCUCUAGUCUAAAGAAUAUUUUGUACAAUGGUUUUGUUAAUUUUGUUUUUGUUUUGAAUCAUUUAAUAAAGUGCAUUACUUGAA